UUCUAACUCUUUUAUAAUGAAUUUUGUUCAGUGUUUUGCCCUUAAGUUUGACCACUAUAUGCUUCUCCCACGUCCAUCCAAAAGACAUGAGAUUUAGAUUCACGUCCAUCCAAAUGCCAGUUUUGUGAACUAGGAUUUGAUAACGCACAGAAGUGAACAUGGCGAUCAAAGAAGAUGUGGAGGAUGGCGUGCAGAAAGGAAUCAGAGAGCCAUUGGUGGGUGAACAGGACCAACAGCUGGUCCAUGCAAGCAAAGGCCAUCCAUGGAUGGUUUACUUUACAACAUUUGUUGCAGUCUGUGGUUCCUAUGAAUUUGGGACUUGUGCUGGAUAUUCAUCUCCCACUCAAGAUGCAAUCAGAAAGGAUCUCAGUCUGUCUUUGGCAGAGUACUCCUUGUUUGGGUCCAUCUUGACUUUUGGUGCGAUGAUUGGUGCAAUUACGAGUGGGCCUAUUGCCGAUUAUAUUGGACGAAAAGGGGCAAUGAGAGUGUCAAGUGCUUCCUGUGUCGCUGGAUGGCUUGUUAUUUACUUUUCUGAGGGACCAGUUCCUUUGGACAUUGGAAGGCUAGCAACAGGAUAUGGAAUGGGAGUUUUUUCAUAUGUGGUUCCUGUCUUUGUAGCAGAAAUUGCACCAAAAGAACUCCGAGGGACAUUGACUACCUUAAAUCAGUUCAUGAUUGUUGCUGCUGUGUCGGUGUCAUUCAUAAUUGGAAAUGUACUUUCAUGGAGGGCUUUGGCUUUAAUUGGCCUUAUUCCCACUGCUGUAUUGCUUUUGGGUCUGUUUCUCAUUCCGGAGUCUCCAAGAUGGCUAGCAAAGAGAGGACGUCAAAAAGAUUUUGAGGCAGCAUUGCAGAUACUUCGAGGCAAAGAUGCUGAUAUAUCAGAGGAGGCAGAAGAAAUUCAGGAUUAUAUAACUACUUUGGAGCGACUUCCAAAAUCCGGCCUGCUGGAAUUGUUUCAUAGAAGAUAUUUGCGUUCAGUCACUAUUGGAAUAGGCCUCAUGGUCUGCCAGCAGUUUGGGGGAAUCAAUGGAAUUUGCUUUUAUACCAGCAGUAUUUUUGAACUAGCAGGAUUUUCUCCCACCAUUGGGACUAUAACAUAUGCUUGCCUUCAGAUUGUGGUCACAGGUGUUGGAGCAGCCCUCAUAGAUAAAGCUGGCAGGAAGCCCCUACUUCUGAUAUCUGGAUCGGGAUUGGUCGCAGGAUGUGUAUUUGCAGCAGUUGCAUUCUAUCUUAAGGUUCACGAGGUGGGUGCUGCAGCAGUCCCAGCACUUGCCGUAACAGGCAUACUGGUUUACAUAGGAGCAUUUUCAAUUGGAAUGGGAGCAAUUCCAUGGGUUGUGAUGUCUGAGAUAUUUCCGGUCAAUAUUAAAGCGAUAGCAGGAAGUGUGGCCACAUUAACGAACUGGUUUGGUGCAUGGUUAUGUUCCUAUACUUUCAACUUCCUUAUGAGCUGGAGCUCCUAUGGUACCUUCAUUCUUUAUGCAGCAAUAAAUGCACUGGCUAUAUUAUUUAUAAUUGUUGCUGUGCCAGAAACCAAGGGGAAAAGCUUGGAACAAUUGCAAGCGGCCAUUAACGCAUAGGAAGCAGGAGUUUGGUGAUUUGUUGAACAGUGUACGUUGGAGAAAGAAAAAGGAAAAACCGACGCUGUUUGAUGAUUGAAUCAUCACUAGCCAUAUUAUUUGUCUUAGUUUUGCUUUUAUAUUUGUAAAGUUAUGGCACAAAUUUCUUCCAUAUUU